GCUCGGCGAGAUGAAGCUGCACUGUGAGGUGGAAGUGAUCAGCCGGCACUUGCCAGCCUUGGGGCUGAGGAACCGGGGCAAGGGUGUCCGAGCUGUGUUGAGCCUCUGUCAGCAGACGCCCAGGAGUCAGCCGCGGCCCCGGGCCGGGGGCGAGCCAGGCGGUUCGCACCCCGCUUGCCUGCUCAUCUCCACCCUGAAGGACAAGCGCGGAACCCGCUAUGAGCUAAAGGAGAACAUUGAGCAAUUCUUCACCAGAUUUGUGGAUGAGGGGAAAGCUACUGUUCGGUUAAAGGAGCCUCCUGUGGAUAUCUUUCUAAGUAAGGCCAAUUCCAGCAGUUUAAGAGGUUUCCUUUCAUCUAUGAGACUGGCUUAUAGAGGCUGUGAUGUUGAUACACCACUUUCAAUGCUCACACCAGUGAAGACUUCAGAAUUUGAAAAUUUUAAAACUAAAAUGGUUAUCACAUCCAAAAAGGACUAUCCUCUAAGCAAGAACUUUCCAUAUUCUCUGGAACAUCUUCAGACUUCUUAUUGUGGGCUUGUCCGAGUUGAUAUGCGUAUGCUUUGCUUAAAAAACCUUAGGAAAUUAGACUUGAGUCACAACCAUAUAAAAAAGCUUCCAGCUACGAUUGGAGACCUAAUACACCUUCAGGAACUUAACCUGCAUGACAAUCACUUGGAGUCAUUUAGUGUAGCCUUGUGUCAAUCUACACUUCAGAAGUCACUUAGGAGUUUGGAUCUCAGCAAAAACAAAAUCAAGGCACUCCCUGUGCAGUUUUGCCAGCUCCAGGAACUUACAGAAUUAAAACUUGAUGAUAAUGAAUUGAUUCAAUUUCCUUUCAAGAUAGGACAACUAAAAAACCUUCGUUUUUUGUCAGCAGCUCGAAAUAAGCUUCCGUAUUUGCCUAAUGAGUUUAAAAGUUUAUCCCUUGAGUAUGUGGAUCUUUUUGGAAAUACUUUUGAAAAACCAAAAGUCCUUCCAGUUAUAAUGCUGCAAGUGCCGUUAACUUUACUGGAAUGUUCUGCACAAACCAUACUAAAUAAUAGGAUUCCAUAUAGCUCCCAUAUCAUUCCUUUCCAUCUUUGCCAAGAUAUGGAUUCUGCAAAAACCUGUGUUUGUGGAAGAUUCUGUCUAAACAGUUUCAUUCAGGGAACUACCACCAUGAAUCUACACUCUGUUGCUCACACUGUGGUCUUAGUAGAUAAUAUGGGUGGUACUGAAGCACCUAUUAUCUCUUACUUCUGUUCUGUAGCCUGUUAUGUAAAUUCUACUGAUAUGUUGAAGUAAUACAUGAUAAUACAAAAAAAUUUUCGUUUAGUUACAGAUCAGUUUGGGAUUAACUUAUGGCUUAGCUGUAUCAAAUUGGAGAAAAACCUUUUUGUACAUUUUGGCAACUGGCCGGUAACAGCGAUUGAGCCCUGGACCUUGGUGUUAUCACUACCAUGUUGGAACCAACUGAAGAUUUUUGUAUACUUGCUGGAGAGGAGGAAUGUAUGAAUGCUAACAUUUUAAGUCAUUUGACUCUAAAACUUUAUUAAAAUCAAAUUUAAUUUGGGCUGGCCCAUGGCUCACUCAGGAGAGUGUGGUGCUGAUAACUCCCAAGUCAAGGGUUAAGAUCCCCUUACCGGUUAUCUUUUAAAAAAAAAAAAAAUUGUAAUUUUAUUUGGGGGUUGACUUUUUACCAGUUUGUUGAACUUGUGUUGAUUUCAGCCUAAAGUUUCCAGGACGGGUUGUGGGGUUAUCAUUUAAUGUUAAACAAAUAUUGAUCCUAAUCACUAUGAUCAUAAGAAUUUUCUUGAUCAAAUUUCUUCUUGUAUUUCAAAUAAAG